AUGAAGACUUCUACUGCUGAAGAUGAUACAGCACAGGAGGCUUCUCAGAAGCGUUCUACCAGGGAACUGGCUUCUAUUCCACCGGAAUCUGAACAAGAGGAAUCUGCCAAAAAGGUUUUCAAGCAACAAGAGGACAACCAUAUGGACGUGGCCGAGCAAGGCAGCUCCUCCACAGCCAAAUCAUUAUAA